AUGGUAAUAGUCUCUGCGCCUCGGCUGCUAGCGUGCUUGCUGAUCCUAGCCGUUGGAUUCGGCCACGUGGCGGGCAUCCGGUUCGAGGUGACGGCGUAUAGCAAGUGUCUGGGCGAGGAGGUUCAGGAGGGAACUCUCGUCGUCGCGACCUACCAAGUGGUACCUAGCGGCGAGAGCAGCGAUCUCACCAAGAUCACCGCCAAGGUGACAUCACCAUUUGGGCGGCAGCUGCACUGGCAGAGCGAUGUGGAGGAGGGGCACUUCGGAUUCACAGCCAAGGAGUCGGGGCAGUUCAUGGCAUGCUUCUGGAUGCCGCAUGGCACUCCUGGCAAGGAUACCCUUAUGGUGGACCUAGAGUGGCGGUCAGGCGUGGCUGCUAAGGACUGGGAGAGCAUAGCGAAGAAGGAGAAGAUCGAUGGCAUGGGGUUGGAGCUGCGGAAGCUGGAUGAAACAGUGCGGGCCAUCCGAGAUGAAAUGACCUACUUCAGGGGGAGGGAGUCGGAGAUUCGAGACUCUAACGAGCGGACGAACGAGCGAGUGGCCUUCAUUAGUAUCACAUCACUGCUAAUAUGUGUGGCUCUAGCAUCCAUCCAGCUGUGGUUCUUGCUCUCCUACUUCCAUCGGAAGAAGCUGCUCUAA